CUGCAGCGCAACUGUGAUUGAAUGUUAUGCGGCGGGAUUUCCAGCAGGUGGUGCUGUGGCCAAGGACACAAUGCCUGGGAACGCGCUGCUUCCUCUUGGCAAGCUCAGAGGCCUUCAGCCUCCAGAAGGGGCUUGAAGCAGAGUCCCGAGCAUUUCCCUGUCGCUACUGAGACUGGAAGUGUGACGGGCCUGCAAGUCCUGCCUUGACAUUCGUUUGCAGCAUUGCAGUUACUGACCCUCCUGUGGGCCAGGCCUCAGCUGGGAACUGAGGGUCAGGGUAUGGGGAGGCGGCUACAGAGGUGAAGAGGGCGCAGCUCCUGCCCUCACGGUGCUCCCAGACUUUUAGGAGAGAUAAGACUUCACCCUAAAUAACCCUGCGAACUGUUCUCCCUGCUCAGCCCUCCGAGGAAAUAAGUUCCUGGUGCAGCCCCCAGCUCAGCCACAAAGCAGAACUGAGCAGCCAAGCACCCAUCCUUUGUCCACAGCACAGCAGGGCUGUGCUAACCUGGGGCCUCAACCUGCUGCUCAGACCCCAGGAGGGCCUCCUGACCUCCAGAAGGGACCCAGGCUCUGACCCUGCUAGGCAGGCUGGCCGAGGUCCCUCCCCACAGCAGACCAUGUUCCCCUCUCGCCCAUCUCCCAGGCGCUGGGCCGGAAACAAGUGAAAGAAGAGAAAACAUACACACACUUCAGUGCAGCAAAAAGCCAGUGGUUACCUCAGGGAACGGUCUCCAUCCCUCAUGCCUUCCACAAGGCAGUGUCCCCUCAGGCCACUUUGGUGCUCCCUCCCUUGGAAGAAGGGCAAACAGGGCAUUCAUUCCUUCCUUCCUUCAUUCCUUCAUCAGCACACAAUUCCUAGGCACCCCUUCCAUUCUGAGCCUGCACAGGUAAACGGGAAGAGGUCCCAGCCUCAAAGGCAGGCUGAGGGAUGGGCCAGUCGAACCACCAGUCAGUGAUGAAUGAACAUCAGUUGAAUGAGGGAGUGUUGGGGGGCUGGUGGAACCCCAAAGCACUCUCCCAUCCUUGAGAAGCCGAUAACCUCACUGCCCCACCCAGCCCUGUGAAAUCACCCUAUUCCCUCAGCGGGCCUCCCUCAGGAGACACAAGGCUUCAUGUGUGGCUGUCCACCCACCUGGUUGCAGAAAAAAUGCUCCCCGAUGGCUAUUGGCACCAGAGCAGUGCAGAACACACACACACACACACACACACACACACACACACCCCAUCCCCACCACCUCAGUGCCUUGCUUCCCGCAUAACCUGACAUGGAAGGGGGCUACUCAGACCCAGGAGUCAAGGUCAGUUGAAGAUCAGCCUUGGGGGGUGGUGUGGGCCAGGGUGGACUUUCCAACUCCAGAAGUGGCCCUGAAGAGCCAAGAAGCGGGGAGGGGCUGCCCUGCAUUCUGAUCCUGCUCUUUUCCAGGACCUCAGAGUGGAGGAGGUGAGGGCAGUGAGGCUGGGCAGCCGGCCAGGUGCUCCAAGGCACAAUCUGGUUCUGAUGUUCUGUUUUGGCAAACGUGGUACCUGGAGCUUGUGUUGGAAGUUCCCAAGAGUGUCUCCAGUCUCCUCCGCUUUCUUUAAUAACCAAGAGCAGUCCCUGUCAAGCAAUAACUUUCUCACCUUGUCUCCUGCAGGGAAGCCAAUGAAAAGCAUGCUGGUGGUGGCUCUCCUUGUCAUUUUCCAGGUGUGCCUGUGCCAAGAUGAGGUCACGGACGAUUACAUUGGCGACAACACCACGGUGGACUACACACUGUAUGAGUCUGUGUGCUUCAAGAAGGAUGUCCGGAACUUUAAGGCCUGGUUCCUCCCAAUCAUGUACUCCAUCAUUUGCUUCCUGGGUCUGCUGGGCAACGGGCUGGUCGUGCUGACCUACAUCUAUUUCAAGAGGCUCAAGACCAUGACUGAUACCUAUCUGCUCAACCUGGCCGUGGCAGACAUCCUCUUCCUCCUGACCCUACCCUUCUGGGCAUACAGCGCAGCCAAGUCCUGGGCCUUCGGUGUCCACGUUUGCAAGCUCAUCUUUGGCAUCUACAAGAUAAGCUUCUUCAGCGGCAUGCUCCUGCUUCUUUGCAUCAGUAUCGACCGCUAUGUUGCCAUCGUCCAGGCUGUCUCGGCCCACCGCCACCGUGCUCGCGUCCUUCUCAUCAGCAAGCUCUCCUGUGUGGGCAUCUGGAUGCUGGCCAUGGUGCUCUCCAUCCCAGAGCUGCUGUACAGCGGCAUCCAGAAGAGCAGCAGUGAGCAAACCCUGCGGUGCUCUCUCAUCACCGAGCAUGUGGAGGCCCUGAUCACCAUCCAGGUAGCUCAGAUGGUGGUAGGCUUUCUGAUCCCCCUGGUGGCCAUGAGCUUCUGCUACCUUGUCAUCAUACGCACGCUGCUCCAGGCGCGCAACUUCGAACGCAACAAGGCCAUCAAGGUGAUCAUCGCUGUGGUGGUGGUCUUCAUUGCCUUCCAGCUGCCCUACAAUGGGGUGGUCCUGGCCCAGACAGUGGCCAACUUCAAUAUCACCAACAGCGGCAGCUGUGAGCUCAGCAAGCAGCUCAACAUUGCCUACGAUGUCACCUACAGCCUGGCCUGCGUCCGCUGCUGCGUCAACCCUUUCUUGUACGCAUUCAUCGGCGUCAAGUUCCGCAACGACCUCUUCAAGCUCUUCAAGGACUUGGGCUGCCUCAGCCAGGAGCGGCUCCGCCAGUGGUCUUCCUGCCGGCACACCCGGCGUUCCUCGAUGAGUAUGGAGGCUGAGACCACCACCACCUUCUCCCCAUAGAAGGCUCCUCUGUCUGGACUAGAAGGACCUCUCCCAGGGCCCCUGGAUUGGGGAUGGGGAGCAGAUGCAAUGACUCAGGACCCAAGCACGGCAGAUGGAAAGGCAAUUCUAGCCAUUAAGGUUUAUCUCAAGGUGAAAAUACAUGCCACAGACAAGGCUAACCCCAACCCCAGCUACCUCAAUCAAACUUGCCAACAGACAUGGCUGAUAAGCUACCCCAGAUCCGGCAAUGCUCCAAAACCAAGGUUGUUGUCCCUCUAACCAAAAGCCAAAAGUGAAAGUCCAGAGACAGUUCACACCUCCUGGAGUGAGGGAACAGGUGUCGAGAGCUAGGGUGGUGGAAGGAGCCUGGCGAGUCCUCUCGAUGAAGCUUCUUCCCACCUAGAAAGAAGUCCUUUCUGAGACUCAAGGGCUAAGGCAAGGUCUUCCAGAAAACAAGGCUUUGACUCCAAGAACAGAGGUGAUGGGGAGACUUCUUGGCUCGGCGGGGAAAGGAGGACGCCAAUGGGUCAAACUAACUCUGAAUCCCUCCCUCCAUCUCUCUUUUUCCACUGUCGUCAGAGCCAACAAGAAAUGACAGCCUCCAAGCCUUCCUAAAAGCACACUUGCCCCCGCCUGCCACCUCUCCUCAGGCUGCUGCCCUCCCAGGCACUCCACAGCGAAGGGGUGUGGUGUUUCCUGCAGGCCAGGCCAGCUGCCUCAGCCCCGCCAAAACUGUGUUCCCAGCCAGCGCUCUGGAGCAGGGAUGACGUGUGGCCAGCCCUUCUCAGGUCUCAGCUCUGCUGGGAUGGGAGGAGAGGCCAGGGAGAAAGGUUAGGGGCCCAGGGGUGGGUGACAAUGCUGGCUGCUGAAAGCCCAUGAGCUGCUUCUUUGUUCUCUGUCACGGGACAAAAAUCUCUCAUCCUAUUCUGCUUUCAGUUCAUUAAGAGAGCACAUUUUACUCAUACACAAAUAAA